ACCUAAUGGGGCUGCAGGGGAGAGCGGACAGGGACCGGGCGAAACAGCUCAGUGUUGCAUGCAGCCAGGAGCAGUGCAUCAAAUGAGCAGACGCAUGUCUCGGAUCAGGACCACGCUUGAUAGUGUCACCAAGGCAGUAGGCAGCACCGACCUCAUCGCAAAGUUCUCCCGCCUCAAGCCUGGUAGCGCCACAGUCGGGAGCACCCAUGCAGAAAAAACGGAACCCGCUAUGAAAGAUCAGGAUGGAGGUGAAAAGAACACAUCAGAGGAAGAGUUAGACAAGCAAAGUCCCCAAAUCACGGAAAAUCCUUUUGUUGCCACCAAUAAGUCUACAUCUGGUUUAGCUUCAGCGGCUAAUGUGUCUGCCCCAGGCUCAUCCACCUCUGUGGCAAAACAAACUAUGCAGCUGUUUCACCCGGCAGCUCUUACAACCAACAUGGAUGAGACCUACAACACUCUGGCUCAGCACAUCAAUAAUUACUUUGGUACCAACACACAGGGAGAAGAUGGAGAGAACCGGCCGCUGCAGCAGGACACAGGAGGUGAUGUUCCCGUUUCCGAGCCUGUUCCUCACCCUGCCCCUCAGAGAACAGGGGAAAACAUUCUUAUUUUGUCUCCGGUGGCGGAGGCCAAGAAUAUUGAAGCACCAACUACGCCUCCAUCAGAAAAGCACAGUCCUCCAGUCGAGGUGCCCUCCUCUGACACCCCUGCAACAGAAAACCUAGCUCAACCCAUCCCUGUGCCUACUACCUCUGCUAAAAAAGGCUUCACCCGCUACCUGUCCUACCCUCGGCCCAGUGUUCAGGCUUUUGUUGGCAGUUACAUUGCACCACUGGUCCCAAAAUUCAGAAGUGAUUCCAAAAGCGUGACAACUGAAAAAGACAAGGCUUUGGCGGUCGCUGUGGAAGAGCCCGCUGGUGAGAAAAGAGGGGACAAGACAGAUGAACAGGAGAAAACGGAUGAAAUGAAGCGACAGCUGUUGACUCAAAGGCAGAAGAUAAUCGCCAGGGUAAGUGUAGACAACAGGACCCGAGCUCUGGUGAAAGGCCUGCUGAGGGUCACGGACGCCAAACUCCUUACUAGUCGCGUGGAGGAACUCGGCCAUCAUCUCCUGGAGUUCCCGGAGACACGAGGUGUAGCUAUCAAGGCGAGCGCGCUGCCCUGCCUGCUGCGAUUGCGCCAGGCCAGAGAUCUUCCUCUCCAGGCUGCUGUGAGAGAAGCUCUGGCUCUGGUAGGGUACACAGAACCAGUCAAAGGCAGAGGAAUCAGAGUCCUGGCCAUAGAUGGAGGAGGGACGAGGGGACUGUUGGCCCUUCAAACUCUACAUAAAUUGCAGGAACUGACCGGGAAACGAGUCCAUCAGCUCUUUGACUACAUCUGUGGAGUCAGCACAGGUGCCAUCUUGGCCUUCAUGUUGGGCAUUUAUCAAAUCCCCCUAGAAGAGUGUGAGGACAUGUACAGGAAGUUGGGCUCGGAUGUGUUCAAGCAGAACGUUAUUGUUGGAACAGUCAAGAUGGGCUGGAGCCAUGCUUUCUACGACAGCGAAAUCUGGGAAAACAUCCUCAAGGAACGGAUGGGUGAGGGCUGUAUGAUUGAGAGUGCCAGAGACCCACACUGCCCAAAAGUGUCAGCAGUGAGCACCAUUGUGAACAGGGGUUUACCUCUGAAGGCCUAUGUCUUCAGGAACUACAGACUCAUGCCUGGAGUGAGGUCCCACUACCCUGGAGACUGCAAAUACAAAAUGUGGCAGGCCAUCAGGGCAUCGUCUGCUGCUCCGGGCUACUUCCAGGAAUUUUUCCUCGGAAAGGACCUUCACCAGGAUGGAGGACUUCUGAUUAACAACCCCACAGCGUUGGCCAUCCAUGAGUGCAAGUGUCUGUGGCCAAACACGCCUCUGCAGUGCGUGUUGUCUCUGGGCACCGGACGCCACGAGACGGCGGGCAAGAACAACACUACCUACACGAGCCUGAAGACCAAGCUCUCCCACGUCAUCAGCAGCGCCACAGAUACAGAGGAGGUGCAUACCAUGCUGGACGCCCUCCUGCCCCCGGACACCUACUUCCGCUUCAACCCCUACAUGAGCGAGGACAUCCCGUUGAACGAGAGCCGUAUCGAGAAGCUGAACUUCCUCAAGGGUGAGGGCGAGCGCUACCUGGAGAAAAACGAGGCCAAGCUGAGGAAAGCGGCGAGCGUGCUAGGCCAGGAGAAGGGCGCCAUCCAGAGACUGGCAGAGUGGGCCAAGCUGAAAACCGACAUGUACGAGGGUCUGCCCUUCAUCUCCAAGCUGUAGAUUUUAGCCUGGCAACAGAAAGACUACAAAAAGAGUUUUUAAGGUAAGAGGACCCUGAGUGUAAAAACUCCCAAUAAAUAAAAGGGCUCAAACUGGAUUAAUCUAAAAAGAAAUGUGUAAAUAUCGAAGGUUUCACCUUCAUUUACAAAACACUAUGAUCAUUAAUGAGAAUGAAGUACUAUUAACAUUUUGAAAAUUACAGAAACAGAUGUAAUUUAUUGUUUGUAAGAUAGAAUGUCUAUAAUUGAGAAAAAUGCAGCAGGGUGGAGCUGGUGCAUGAUCCAACCACAUUUAUUGUCGUGAAGAAUUGAUUCCAGUUUUGUAAAGAGUGUCCUUUUUCAUUUCCUGUAAUUUAACUACAUAAAAAUGUAAUUUCACUCAUGAUUGCACAGUAAGAACAGAAACGUGACUGCUUAUUUCUUUACACUGUACAGAAGAAAGACUUCAUGCACUUUUCUUAACUUUGAAAAUGUAAAUAAUAUUUGAAAUAAUAAUGAAUUCUUUGAGUGUUAUUGCUAGGAAUGGAGAGUAAGAUGUAAAGAAAUACAUUAUUCUGUAUUGACACAUACAACCACACUUGAAAUCUGCUAACGAAAUAAACUAUUAGAAUAUAAUCCCAGUCAUCCUCGUGUUACAAAUCUAAUCUGUAGAUGAACAAAUUAGUUAGUGUGAAGACUUUGCCUUUAAUUUCCAUUAAGCAUGAAUUCCUCAGCCCUGGUUUCUGUUGCUAUACCCUUUAUAAAUUAGACACAUGUUCUAAAAAACCCUGCUUCUUCCCUUCCUCAUUAAUUAGUGGAAUGCAAAAAAAAAGUGUCAUGAAAUAA